GGCGUGAGGCCCAACACACGAAGGGCCGGUGAUUUCAACAGUGGGCCUACCACCGAACUGGACAUGUCUACGUUCAGGUAGUGUCCACUCAGUCCCGUCACCACUGACAGGUUGCAUUUUUCUAUCACAAUCAUAACAAGUUGACGAACCAAAGACAAAAUCAAAAAUAUCUGAUAUUGCUGUUGAAAGGGCUACAAACCGAGAUACCCGAGGAACGAUGCAUAAUUUCUCCGUUGUCCCACUUUUGAGAGAGCCGCAACCGGUCUCCCCUCCUACCCCUGAAGAAGGUUACGCCCCCCUUCCAUAUCCCAUUCCCGUGAUCAUCGCCAUCUUGGUGGGCGCACAAAUCGUCAUCAUCGUCUCUAUUCUGUUGUACGUCCUCAGCUAUGGCAGAAACAUGGAGAAAUCUGCGUACCGCGAAAUAGGUCGAUCUCCUCUCUCCGGAUCUCGAUUCUGGAAGAAAGUACGAAAGAAACUAGGACUCCGAGAGGGUGACCGAUGUGCGAAAGCGAGCGCAAAGUACAGCAUUCAAGAUGCAACAUUCUUGGAGAAAUGGAGGGAGAAGAAACGAGAGAUGGUCGUCCCACACCACGUGCAGACCAUGUCCCGUCCCAUCGAGUUUUCCAUCCCGACAAAGACUGAAACGCUCGUACGGCCAAAGGCUUCGGAGAAGUUGAGGCAAUUCCCGCUGCCUCCCAUGAGGAAGCCCAGCAAGGACCCCUGGAUGUCUCCGAGUUUCAAGAGGCCGAGGAAUCCCAACCUGAGCAGUGCCAUGAGAACCCGGAGCCUGCAGACGGAGGAGAGGAAGGCCAGCAACAACCGAAUGGCGCGAUCUCACUCUGUGCCCAUCAACCUGGGUGAAGCGGCAUCAGCUUUGGCGGACCAGGUGGACCAGACGUCGGCCUACCAGACUGCAAUCGGAGAAAUUGAGCCGGACCUGUACCGCAUCGACGAGCAGCACGAGCUGUACACGCCGUCCAAAUUCGGCCUUGGUAAGUUGUCGUUCUCGCUCUUCUACGACGAGCGCGAGGGGCAACUGACGGUGUACCUGAUUCAGGCGGUCCAGCUACCCGCAAGAACAGAGCGUGCGACUGCAGACACCUACGUCAUGGUGUCGUUACUUCCAGAUGAAGAGAAAAAAUCUGCAACUUCCAAGGUUCAUCGACGAACUCUCAACCCCAUUUACCGGCAGAAUUUCAUCUUCCGGGUGCCGGAGGAGGAUGUUAUCGACACGGUGAUCAAACUGACGGUAGUCGGCUUGGACGGCUAUUCCCAUCCGGUUCCCAUCGGUCAAGUGGUGUACCCAUUGCGCACUCACGACUUUGGUUCGUCUUCGAGUGACGUCAGUCAACCGAUUUGGCGGGAUAUCGAAAAGUCAGACUCACCAGAAGAACCAAGACAGGGUGACAUCCUAGUUUCUUUGACCUACCUUCCCACUGCUGAGCGGGUGACCGUGGCCAUACUUAAGGCUCGCAAUUUACGCCUGCCGGAGUCAGAAGAACCAGAGGCCAGGAAGCUGGUUAUGGACACAUUUGUCAAGGUGACUGUGGUGAAAGGAGAUAAAGUAGUGAAAAAUAAGCAGACCUCUGUGGUGAGACGCAAUGCAAAUCCCACCUUCAACGAGGCAUUUACCAUUGAUAUGAGCAGCGAAGACGAACAGGUGUGCAUCGUAUUCGCGGUCUGCCUGCGCGUGAAUCCUUUCGCCGGCCACAAGACCCUCGGGCGAUGCUUGGUCGGACCGGACGAAAAAGCGACGGGAGACGGGGCGGCUCACUGGCGGGACAUGAUGGCCACGCCGCGGAGCGCGGUGGCAGAGUGGCAUCCACUCAAAUGACACGACGAAACGUGCACAGCUCCCAGUAAAAAGAUAAAUUAUAUCUCCCUUUUCUUGUUGACGAAGUUUUCUUGUGACAAGUGUGAUCCUUAUUCCAGACGUGGAACAAGUGGCACUUAUUGAGUGUUGUGGAAUACGGCUGUCUCAUUUCUUGAAUUUGUUCAAACAUUUAUGUCGUUCAAUGAGAAGACAAAUGCUGCAAAAUUCAAUCGUUUCUUUUCUGUAUCUUACGUAGUACCUUUUGUUUCUGUCAUAAAGUUAUUAACAAAUACAUACCUGUAAUUGCUGACAAUUUCAAACUUAUUUGUGGAUUGCACAAAGGCAACAACAGUCAAAUUAUGAGAAUUUAAACCCGAGUACUAAAAAUACUGGACUAGUGAUGAAACUUUAAAAUGUUGGCCGAUGAGGAAUUGUUUCCAAAUCUUCUAGGAAAAGCUGGUUUACUGCUGUCAAAUUCACGACAGUGAAUUUAAAAUGCUCUCACUUCAAACAAACUACACAGGGUUUGUAUGGCUGCCAUCUUGCAGGGCAGUGCUUUUGUUCACCAGGGUAUGCACAAAGGAGGCUUCCCGGUGGAACAAAAGAACUGCCCUGCAAGAUGGCUACCAUGCAAAGCCUCUAUAGGUGUGCCCCGUCACAAAGAACAUCUUCAAGCAAAUCAUCUCUUAGAAAACACACUUUCAAGAUCAGCCCUAUGAUGUUGAAAACAGCUGUCAUGGUCAACCCGGAAUUCAAACCCAUAGCCAAAAUGGACAAUAUUUCAUAAGUUUGUUCUACAUGUCAAAGGAAUGACAUUAAGUACACUACACACAAUCUAUAUAUCUUUACACACACAUCACAAAAUUACAUGCAAUGUCUAGGACUUAUUUACACUUAAUAACUUAAAAUAUCUUUCUUACAACCAACUACAAGAAAAUAUACUCAAGUACCUUGCGUAACCCAAUGAUCAUUUGUCUCCAGCAUAUUGGCAAACUCCAGUAAGAAUCUGAAAUUUUCUGCAGAUUAAUAUAAAAAGUGAUAUGUCAAUUAAUGCCAGGAUUUAAAAACGGUGCUGUAUCAUUUACGACAUUUCCCGUCCAAGAACAUCCAAAUGUAGAAUUAUCAAUAAAUUUUCAUAAAUGUAUGAUAUCAAAAUUUGUGGUAGGGUCUGGAAGAAUACCAUUGCAUGUCCAUGUAAGAAAAUGAUUAAAUGUAGGACAUGUAGGUAGUCCAUGGUGAGCAUUCAUUUUGUACGGCACCACCGUAACAAUACUACCACAUGUAGUUUGGAAUGCUUUAGCAACAUACUAGGAAAAUGCCGUAGACGCUUGAUUUUGAAAGCAGAAAAGCUUAUGGAACGCGGGGAACUUGGGGGCAAAGAGGCACAAUGAACUGCAGGUUGUGUCAGUACAAAACCAAAGAAUGAGUUUGCCUGCUAACUGCUGGAACCUGUUAGUUCUACCAAUGGCUAUCAAAUAAAAAAAAUGUACAAAGUAAUCACACCUGGAGUGCACUUGUGUAAAAUAGGAGCACUAUCAUUUGCAUAAUUUCAAAAAUAUUAGUAUUGAGACCCUAAAUCAAGCUGUGUAGUGAAUUUUUGUACUUUUUCCAGUAGAACAAACUAUCCUCCCUGAUUUGAAAAGCACCCUCAUUGGCACAGGACAGACAAGCUGGUGAAAAGUUUUUCAAUUGAAGCUCGUGCUCAAUGGAAAAACACGUCAUUUCUUGUUCCCACUUGAAGCAGAUAGGGUUCACAAAAUGAAAGUAAAGACAAGUAUGCGUUGUCUUCCUGCUACAGAGUUUUUGUACAGUGAAUGUGAAAAGUUCGCUACAAUUAAAAAUUUUACAGCAAAAAAGCACAAGAAAUUACUACAUGCACAGAAUAGUGACAAAACUUCAACACUUCUUGCAGGUUUGGGCAACAGUAUGGAGGGUUUGCAUGGCUGCCAUCUUGCAGGCCACUGCUUUUGCUCAACAGGGUAUACACAAAUGAGGCUUCAGUGUGGAACAAAAGAACUGCCCUGCAAGAUGGCUACCAUGCAAAGCCUCUAUGAGAUAUCAAACGUAAAUUAACUAUCAUAGCUGCAUGAUUAGUAUCAACCUGACGGGAUCCAAAACGUUUGUACUCAAGGUUCGUAUAUUCCACAUGUGGACACUUUGUUCAGUAUUUAAAGGGUUUAUGCAAAAACACUUGGGUCCCUACAACCCUUGAAAAUGCACCUCUACGAUUCAUUUAACCAUAUUUUCAGUUUUUGCUUUGUUAUUUCAAAAGGAUGCAAAUGCCCCCAUUCAUGAGCAAAACUGUCAUAUCAUCCCAGGGAGAACAACUCAUUGUUGUCUUGAUUGGUGCAAAGGAAUCUGAUGGAAUUUUCGAUAUUCUAGUGUCUUAAAUGAUCAUUUCCUUGGUUAUUUAUUGAGCAAGCACAUGGCAAUAAACCAAAGCGAGACCCUUUCCUCAGAAAUGUUCCAGUGAGAAAAUUUCAAGUUCAUAAUUUAAACAGAAAAACAUCAACUGAACAGUGUCUUCCCUGAAUGACGUCACAGCGGUAGCUCCCUGUGUUGCCUAGCAAAGCACAGACAGUUUUCACUGUUUGCAUUCAAGUCCAAUUUCAAUGCACGUACCCCCCACACAACAAAAAAGUAAAACACUACACACUGGAGAAGAGUGUAGAGUUGCACAGAAAAGUUUGCCUCAGAAAAAGAAAUCAUUGCCUGAACCCUUUGAUUUGCACAGUUGAAAAAGAUAUUGACACCUCUAAUCAAGUCUUAUUUAGGAAGGGCUAAUGAAGGCAGUGAGCAGAUAGGAGGUAGCAGGUUUAUAAUGAUUCAGUGAGGUUACAAACGGAGGUUACAACCACAACAGUUAUGUAUAGAAUAUUCACACUACACUAGCACGACAGUGCUGGCCAAACACUGAUUACAUUGAUCCAUUGAUUACAGAACAAGCAACCCACCCACACAGCAGCAUACCUCGGGUGCGGGAAAUCUCCAAGAACACUUUUCAUUUACAAAUGUGAUUUUCUAGAUGUUUGCCUGAACAUACUCAGGGCUCGAAAUUGGGCUAAUCAUCAGGGGAGCAAGUACUUGCUCCCAAGAGGGCUGGAUUUGUCACUUUACAGAAGCAAGUAGCUCCU